AUGAUUUAUUCACUUGAUAGCAAAACAAUUAGAACAAUUUCUAGCGGACAAGUUAUCACAAAAGUUGAAGAUGUUGUAAAAGAACUAAUAGAGAAUUCAAUUGAUGCACAAGCUACCUCUAUAGAGGUUAAAAUAGUUGAAGAUGGAUUAAAUUUAAUUACCGUCAAAGAUGAUGGAAUUGGAAUUCCUCAAGAUGAUAGAAAAUCAAUGGCUUUAAGAUAUCAUACUUCAAAAUUAGAAAAUUAUGACGCGUUGAGUAAAGUUGAGACAUAUGGAUUCAGAGGUGAAACAUUAAAUUCAAUAUGUGCGAUAUCUGAAUCUGUUGAAAUAAUCACCAAAACUGGCAAAGAUCCUGUAGCUAUUCUUUAUACAUUAGAUAAAACAGGAAAUAUUAUAAGUUCAAAGUCAUCUGGAUUAUCUCCAGGAACUACAAUUAAUGUAAAUAAAUUAUUUUCCAAUAUACCAGUUCGUAGACAGGCAUUAAAGAAUAAUUCAACAGUAAUUGGAAAACAUAUCCAAAAUAUAUUAACAACAUAUGCUUUGGUACAUCCUAGCAUACGAUUUUGUUUAAAACAAAGUUAUGAAAAUGUAGCAAAAUCCAAAUUCAAAGAUGGGAAUUGGAUCAAACCAUCGUUAGAAACAGCGAUGGCAUCAAUAGGACAAAUUUAUGGUCAUGAAUUAAUGAAUCAGCUUCAAUAUGUUUUGUGGGAUUCUCAAAAAGAUAAACACUACAAUAAAUCAAAUUUAACAAAACAAGAUGAAAAUUACAAUAAUAGCAAUGAUGAUGAUAAAAGUGAUAAUAGUGAUAAUGAAGAAGACAGGUUACCAAUUGUGAUUGAAGCAAUAUUACCAAAAAUUGAUGCGAAGCCAUCGAUGGUUAUGAAAGCUGGUAGAACGUUUAUCUAUGUUAACAAUCGUCCUAUUACUACUGCUAAAGGAGAAAUCAAAAAUGUUUUUCACAUUGUAAAAAAAAUGUACAAUGAAAUUUUAACUAUACAUGGCCAUAAUAAUAAUGUAAAUAACAAAAAAUCACCUUUUAUGUGGAUAAACGUUAAGAUGCCUACUUGGAUUUAUGAUGUUAAUGUUGAACCAAGCAAAAAUCUUCUACUUUUUCAUCAUAAUGGUUGUGUUGAGCGAGCAAUUGAAAAUGUGAUGAUAAAAUUAUAUGAAAGAUUAUCAGAUUCACAAAAGGAUUUAUUAUCAACAUCAUCAUCUAAUAUUUCAAUUGACGAAUCAUUUACUGAUAUGAAUUCAACUUCGACUAGUAAUGAAAACUCAGAUCCUGAUAAUAAUCACGACAAUAUUGAAUCUAUUCAGACAACUGAAAUUGGAAAACGUAAAAUCUCAUCAUCAGAAACCAUUCCUGACGAUGAUAAUGAAGAAACAUCUUCGACUAUUGAUCCUGGUACUGAUGAUAGAUGUGAUUUAAAUGGAUUUUUGGAAGUUUCUGCUAUAAUGAAUAAGAUUAACAAUGACAGUAAUGAUGAUAACAAUCUGUAUAAAACUAGUAUAGCAAAUACAACAAAUGUAGAAAAUAAUGAUGAUAAUGGUAAUGUCCUAUUAAUAAAAGAGAAUUCACGUGGUGGCAGUGGUGGCAGUGAUAUUAGAAAAGCCAAUGAAAAUAUUAACACUGGAUUAAGUUUAUCAUCGUUAAAUAAGAUGGAGGAUGGAUUAUGGACUAUCACAAGAAAACUAAAUGACAAAGUUAUAGAUUUAUUGAUAGUUCACGGAGAAAGACUUUUGGAAUCAGAUAAGAUUAUAUCAUGUUUAAAGUAUCUUAAACAUCAACAAAUUCCAGAUGAGAGUGGUGUAGGAGUUUGGUGGAAUCUAGUUACACAGAAAUGUGUUACUGCAAAUGGAAUUAAGUUUAGAUGGAGAGAAGAUCAUGAAAAUAAUAUGCAUAUACAAAUUACACACAUAUCACCAUUGAUUCAAUUUGCUACAGCAGUAGAAUAUUUUACGCAUCUUAUGGAACACCUUUCCACAUUAAACAUUGAUAUUGAUACAACAAAUACUGCAACAAAUACGAUGGCAUUAUCAAACACAAGAUCUCAACAGACUAUACAGAUACUUGUACGAGAAGCUAAACAAUUAAUCAAACAAGAAGAUUUAGUUAUUAGUAAAAGAGAUGAGGAAAUGACACAAAGAGUAAAAGAUGCCACGUUAUUAUUAAUGAAAAAAAUUGGAAAUUUUCAUCACAUUUAUGAUGACGAUGAAGGUAGCGAUCAUUACAUUGAUGAAGGAUCAUUGGCGAUAGUAGAAAGAAGAAACGAUGAUAGCGAGAUAAUGUAUAAUGGAAAUGUUGUUGUAAAAGUGUUAUGGAAAGUAGUAGAUUAA